AUGAAUAACGCAAUUGUGGACACGGAAUGGGAGACGUAUAAGUUACAUAAACAAUUCAGGAAAACAUACAAAUCCAAUGCCGACGAGGAAACACAUUAUACACAAUACAAAGUGAAACGAAAUGAGAUUCUGGAGCACAACCAGAGAUUCAUCGCCGGAAAGGAGUCCUACUAUAAGGGCAUCAAUCAGUUCACAGAUAUGACUUUAGUUGAGGCGAAGAGAGUGUCAAUGGGUUACGGGAAUGGACUGAAAACCUCUCACCACAAGUCUGCGCGCAAACACGUGCCCCGACUGUCGGCCUCAUUGCCAUCGACUGUCGACUGGCGUACGAAAGGCAUCGUAACGCCGAUCAAAGACCAGGGCUCGUGCGGCUCGUGUUGGGCCUUCUCAGUGGUCGGCGCUCUCGAGGGACAGCACGCGAAGGCCGCCGGAAAGUUGGUCUCACUGUCCGAACAGAAUCUGGUUGACUGUACCCGAGAUGAGGGUAAUUACGGGUGCGGCGGGGGCUGGCCUUACGACGCCUACGAGUACGUGGUCAGAGUGGCUCAGGGAAUCGACACCGAGAAGAGCUAUCCGUACAAAGCGAUUGACCAGAAGUGCAAUUUCACGGCGUCGGGUAUCGGCGCCAGAGCGACGGCAUUCGCCAUACUAUCGCCGGGCAACGAAUCGGUACUCCAGGAGUCGGUGGCCCACAUCGGCCCCAUAUCCGUGUGUAUUGCAGUGUCGGACGCUUUCAUGUCGUAUUCGGGCGGUGUGUUUGACGACAGCACCUGUCCCUCAAACUUUGAUUACAUCGAUCACUGCGUUCUGGCCGUCGGCUACGGGACGGACACGAAGACCGGCAAAGACUACUGGAUUGUGAAGAACUCGUGGGGAAAGACGUUUGGAGAGGAGGGCUAUAUCCGCAUGAGUCGGAACCGACACAAUCAGUGCGCUAUCUCUACGCUCGCCUCCUAUCCCGAUGUCUACCCCACCCGACACUCGUAUACCAAUUAUUAGAUAUGAACCGAUCGAUUGGUUUGUGAAAAUAGUUUCUCAAAAUUAUGAUUAUUUUGUAUGAAUUGUUAUUAAUUUGUAAAUAAUUUGAAAUAAAAUUAUUUAAAAGUUUA